AUGAACGACAAAAUCAACAACAUCUUGCGCUCGCCCACCAAGCCGCCAAACGGGGUGCGCCAGCGCUCCGUCUACACCAACAACCCAUCGCCGCAAGCAAGCUUGCGUGUCGGCAUGACUGGGGGGCAGCUGUCCCAACGCAUGAGCAACAUCUCGCUGUCCUCCGGCACGGACUCCGUGGGCCACAUGGAUCGCGGCAGCAGCUCCAGUCUCGCUAGCAGCGCCACCGUUGGCACCAACACCAUCACCAGCGGCAUUUCCAAGGAGUGCGCCAAUUACCCCGUCGGCAGUCAGUCGGCCCGUCCAUACGUCCAACUGCCGGGCAUACACAUUUCCAACCCUCCCCAGUACGGGCCAGGGAAUAUGCAGGAAAUAGACGCUGGCAAAAUGGCGCACAACGGCAAGGCACUCACAGGGCGCUACAAUGCCACUCCCACCUAUGGCUUCGACAACGAGCAGAACUACUGCCUGUUGCCGACUCCAAUGCCCCCUCCACCAUACGCCUUGGCACGCGUGAGCAGCACACGCAACUUCGAGCUCGAGAACCACACACCGCCGGCAUGUCCCGGCUCUGGACCCAUUGCCAUGACGAACGGCACCAUCCAGUUGCGCCUCCGCGAUGGCGUGCGCAUUGACAUGACUCUGGACAAGGCGGUGCGCGUGCUCAAUCAGCGCAGCAUGGUGGCAGUUGCUCUAUCUCGCAACUACAGCAACUCGGCUUUGAUCCACCCCAAUGGACGCAUCUUGCAGAGCGGCGCUAAAGUCGAAAUAGUCAGCUACGACGGCAUGAAGGGCAAUAACUUUGUUCGCUAUGCCAAGAUGUGGUACGAGGGUGUGAGCUUCACCAGCGAGGCGUGCGCUCUCAUCUACCUGGUGGACAGAGCCGGGACGCGCACCACAACCGACACUUUCACCGAUCUGACCAAGGACUACACCCUGGCAGUGUUCUAUGACGACUCGCGGCAUGGUCCCUCUUAUAUGGCUGAAGCCCAUGACGUGAUUGCCAAUUCAGCUUACACCUGUACCGAGGAUGGCACUGAGAUCUAUGACAUAAACGGAUUUCGCAUCACCCAGGCAGCCGAUGGCCUGGUGAAGGUCACUCGUGUGGACAACAAGUGCUUGAUUCGCACCAGUCCCGGCAAUGGAUCGGCCACUUUGACCACACCGGGCAUCCAUUGCACUGCCUCUCUGGGCAAGACCUCGCAUCUGUUUGUUCGGUGA